AUGAGUGUGCUCAGCAGCGCCCGUCGGUCCCCUGCUACUUCUCGCCAGUCCUCGCCUCCUGGGACGACCAGGUCCAUCAGACUACCUUACCUUGAGGACGAUAUAGUGGCGGUCGCUGGUGAGGUCGAGCCGAGGCUCUCUCGGGUGUUGGAGGAUACAUUGUUGCUGACGGUGCCGUUGCAGUCGAGCUUGGUCCCGGAGUGGUUGGUACGGCAGGCUGUCCCAACACAUGUCAUCGAUCUGCGCCCGGCUGAUGAGCCCAACCUCUCGGGCUUCCCAGCGACGGUCACUUGCGUGAGGGCCUCCUGGGGUACGGAGGGGCCGAGACGCUCUACUAGGGCCUUCCUAAACGCCAUACCACUCCUCUUUGACUUUGCACGCUCAGCUGCCGCCUCUCGAGGACGCCUUCUACUAGUGGACACAGGCCACGUUGCGAUGGCGUUCGUAGCAUUGAUAGUAUCCGAGGGUCACCAGCUUGGCAUCUACCGAGCCCUCUGCCUCCUUCUGUCUCGGCAUCUGUCCCCCCUUGACCAGCCCUACCCGCGGCUCAUCGCAGCUGCAUCUAAGUGGCAACAGAGCAGGAUACAGAAUUGGUCCCGAACCGAGACCUUGUUGGGCAACGGGUCAAUGGCUG